CGCUACACCAAUGGACGCCCGCGGGGGGCGGGGGCAGCGGAGGAGACACUAUUGUUGAUGAGGAGCGGCGGCGGCGGCGGCGGCUGCUGCACCACCUCGUUGCUGCCAGCCGCGGCCCGGUCGCCCCAUUCCCUGCACCCCAGAGUCCAGCUUCGUCACCCCCAACGAGAGGGGGUGGGCCUUCUCUCUGGCCUCGGGAAUCCUCUCUCUGCAACCGCACAACAAAGCCCUCUCGUCUCGGCCCAGUCACCGGGGAGGGGAGGGGGACCAUGUCCCAGCGGGUGAGGCGCAAUGGGUCCCCCACGCCGACCGGCGCCCUCGGAGGUAGUGCGGUCGCCACAGCCGGAGGACCCGGGAGCCGCCUACAGCCCAUGAGGGCGACGGUUCCGUUCCAGCUGAAGCAGCAGCAGCAACAUGGCAGCCCCACGCGGAGCAACGGCGGCGGCGGCGGCGGCAACAACAACGGCGGCGGCGCCUCAGGCCCUUCAGGCGGCGGCGGCGGGGGCAGCGGCGGCGGCCCGCGCACCACCUCGCGCAGCACGAGCCCCACGCGCGGCGGCGGGAGCGCGGCGGCGCGCACCAGCCCCACGGUAGCCACGCAGACGGGCGCGGCGGCGACGUCCACGCGAGGCACCAGCCCCACGCGUGGCGCCGCGCCCGGGUCUCGCGGAAGCCCCCCGCGGCCGCCGCCGCCGCCGCCUCUGCUGGGCACGGUGUCGUCGCCCAGCUCGUCGCCCACCCACCUGUGGACGGGCGAGGUGAGCGCGGCCCCACCCCCAGCCCGCGUCCGCCACCGGAGGAGGUCCCCGGAGCAGAGCCGCCCUUCCCUGGAGAAGAGGAGCCCGAGCGCCCCGGUCUGCAAAGCGGGUGACAAAACACGACCCCCUUCCUCAAGCCCCUCCAGUAUUAUUCGUCGCACCUCCUCCUUGGAUACACUUGCAGCUCCAUACCUUGCUGGGCACUGGCCUCGUGACAGUCAUGGGCAAGCUGCACCAUGCAUGAGGGACAAAGCGACACAGACAGAGAGCGCCUGGGCUGAAGAAUACUUAGAAAAGAAGAAAGGCUCUCACAAGCGCUCAGCAUCCUGGGGCAGCACAGAUCAACUUAAAGAGAUUGCAAAAUUACGCCAGCAGUUGCAGAGAAGUAAACACAGCAGUCGUCAUCAUCGAGAUAAAGAAAGACAGUCUCCAUUCCAUGGCAACCAUGCAGCUAUUAACCAGUGUCAGGCUCCUGUUCCAAAGAGUACACUUGUUCCAGUAAUUCCCAUCACCAAAUCAACAGGUUCUCGGUUCCGGAAUAGUGUGGAAGGACUCAAUCAGGAGAUUGAAAUAAUAAUUAAAGAGACUGGGGAAAAGGAAGAGCAACUUAUACCACAAGAUAUUCCAGAUGGCCAUCGUGCACCUCCCCCCCUUGCACAGAGAAGUAGCAGCACACGAAGCAUUGACACACAGACCCCUGGUGGGGCAGACAGGGGAAGCAACAAUAGCAGCCGCUCUCAGUCUGUGUCCCCCACAUCCUUCCUCACCAUCUCCAAUGAAGGCAGCGAGGAGAGUCCUUGUUCAGCUGAUGACCUGCUUGUUGAUCCCAGAGAUAAAGAGAAUGGGAACAAUUCUCCUUUGCCCAAAUAUGCAACCUCACCAAAACCUAACAACAGUUACAUGUUCAAAAGGGAGCCUCCGGAGGGCUGUGAAAGAGUCAAAGUCUUCGAGGAAUGCUCGCCAAAACAACUUCAUGAAAUCCCAGCAUUUUACUGUCCAGACAAAAACAAGGUGAAUUUCAUUCCUAAAAGUGGCUCUGCCUUCUGCCUCGUCAGUAUCCUCAAGCCACUCCUUCCUACACCAGAUCUCACCCUCAAAGGCUCUGGCCACAGCCUGACAGUCACCACUGGCAUGACCACCACUCUGCUUCAGCCCAUUGCUGUGGCCUCCUUGUCUACCAGCACAGAACAAGACCGAGUCUCUCGAGGAACCAGUACAGUCCUGCCAUCAGCCUCCCUACUUCCACCACCAGAACCAAUCGAGGAAGCUGAAGGAUAGGUCCCAGGGCUGUGUGACCAUGUUCUGGGAAACUAGGACGUCCUCACAUCACUUGACUAUGCUGCCAUCGUGUGUUUCCUGUUGGCUGUGAUGUGCUCUAGCUAUCUGGUGACGUGUGACAGCAAGGCUUCUGGAAGAAAGCAGUCCUUCUCACUGCUCUGCCCCACUCAUGAAGGCCCACCCUCAGUGCUUAGCCUGCUUUUUCUAAAAGCACUGACGGAAAUAAGUUUACUUUUUGAGGGACAAUACCACAUUUUUUUUGUUUUCAAAUUAGACUUAAGACACAUAUACACGCAAAACCUGAUCCCUGCAAACAUAAUUCCUGAAGGGAGAUGUAAAUGAUGCUGCAAGAACCACCUUUUAUAUGAAAACUAUUUUAUAAUACCAGUGUAACAUUUUCUGAAGCGUAGCAAACAGGAUGUUCAAAAGAUUCUUUGGUGGCCUCUGUUUCUUGUUUCCCUUUCUAGUUGUGUGCUUUUUUCAGCUGUUUUCAGCUUUGGGACCAAAGGGAUUGUUGACAUUUUCCCAGCAAUGUUAGUCUCAUGACUAAGUCCUUCUCCCAAAUAAGAAUUGUUAGGUAAAUACGUUAAACAAGUAUAUAUAAAAGAGAUAAAAAGCAAUAUUUGUACUACAUUAUGUGAUUUAUGUUUUUUGAUGUUGUUUGUGCUUUGGGUGAAAUAUUUGUAAAACUGCUGUUUUCUUCACUACUCCUGUACACAUUUCACCACGUGGUCAGAAAAGUUAUAGUCUGAAGACAAGUGCUUUAAUAUGUUUUCCCAUAUUGGAACUUGGUUUAAAAGUCAGUGAGCCAAAAGGAAACUAUCCAGUGUUGAUUGCUAGCUAGGAGUGAGGAACCCUUUGGUUUUCUGUGAAAUGUCUUAUCACGUGCUCGCCCUCCUUUGCCAGGUAUCAUUCUACCUUUAAUCAUCACUGUAUCAUAGCCCCAAGAGACCCUAAAAUGGCUGUGCAUGGAUUUCCUCCUUUGCUUUUGUGAUGUUGUUGUCUUGUGGACUUGGUCAGGGUUAGUAGUUUGCCAGGAGUGUAAUCCAUUGAAUAGCGAUCCGUAGCCACAGAAUCUUGAGAUUGACUUUUCUUUACAGUUGUUGGCACUGAGAUUUGUUGUCUACAGAUUUUUCUAAGUUGUUGUCCAAUAUUCCAGUGGAAAGAAACAGAUAAGAGCUUUGGAUUAUAAACAACAGAUACCUUUGAAAAAUCCAUACAGUUUUGUAUUUGGGCUCAUUCUAAUACAAACCACUGCCAAUAUUACCUGACAGUAUUUCAUUUCUGGGUAUGUGGUAAUGAAAUUAAGGAGCAACUCUUUUUAGAAGUGAACUUUAGCAAAGUUGAUAAAAGGCAUCCUUUUAAUAUCUUCAUAUGAUGCAAUGAUUUGAUGUUCUUAUGCAUAUGAUAGGUAGAAAAAAAAGAUAUUUUUAAGUCCUUGUAAAAGGAUUACCAUCUUGGAGGUUAUUUAUAUCCUCUUGUCCAGACAUAUUCCAUCAAGGAAAAUCUAAGGGUAGUCAUAAGUCAUAUGGAAAGACUUAAACCCAUAUGAAAUUUGAGCAGUUUAAAAUGCACCUUUUCCAGUUUAAAGUGAAGGUGUAUUUUAGGCCAAUCAGAUAUUUAAAAACAUCUUAAUGCAUGUGUAAGAUUUUAGUUGGUAGGACUUUUGGAAUUUGGUAUUUUUUCCACCUAAAACCUAGUGACUGGGAACUAUUAAGUUAUAGUUUCUACAUCAAUCAAAGCUCAGUUUCACAACAUCGGAAGUUUCUGAUUUUUUUAAAAAUUACUUUAACUCUGCCUUCUUCCUUAGGCCUUUUGACUUAACUAUUUCACCAGUAUUUGCUCAAUCAAAAGUACAAGAGAAAGGUAAAAGUGAAAUUGGGUGAGUUAAUAGGAAUGGGUGGGAAAAAGUUGUUAAAAACAUUUUGCUCAACUUUUUUUUUUUUUUAAACUCAGGGGUUUCUGUUGUUUAUUUAAAUUUCACCAAAUCUUUUUUCUUUGCUUUGCUUUAUACUUCUUCACCUUUAUGGUCUCUGUCCCCAACCCAGUCUCAAGGGUAAUUCAAAAUUAGAAUAUUAGUAUGCAACAUUUUCUCUUCGUUGUGCACAUUUAUCAAAUUCACACCUUUGUGUAGGUUUUCAUAAAUCCUUAAUCUAAAGCAAUUAAAAAUCAGAAUGGAAGAACAAGUUUUCGAUUUAUUAUUUAGACUUAUAAAUAGAAGUUUAGUAGUAGGGAGAAUGUGAAUUUGCAGGAAAUGAACUGUAUGGUAACCAAACACAUCUCUUGGAUUUGAGAGAAAUAGAGCCUGAGAUGUGAAGUCAAAGCUCCAAGGUAUAAAACAACUCUUACACGUCAGUGCCAAAGGGCUAACUUUUAAGCAUAGAAGCUUUAUCAUAGUUUUUAAGAAAUAUUAACCUUAGGCCCAUAUAGGUGUUUCAUUUAACCCUUUGUUUCCAGAUGGCUGAUUUGUUUUCAAAAGUAUUCUCAAUAGAAUACAUAAUAUUGUAUUCUAAAAUCGCGCUCCAUUAUUAUUGUGUCACUUGGUAGGAAACUGUACAGAAGUUAAAUAGAAUAGCUUCAAUGGGAAUAUAAUUAAAUUCCCCCACGGUGCUGGGGGACCGAAGCCAGAGCCUCAUGCAUGCCAGGCAAGCCUUCUACCAUGGGCCUACAUUCCCAGGUUCCCAAUUUAAAUGUUUUUAAUUAAAAUAAAAUCCAUUUGAGUAAAAGAAAAAUGGAUGGCAUGUAUCUUUUGGCAAAAAGAACUAUUUCCGUUACUCUCUUUGUCAGUCUUACUUUUUACCCUUAAACAGUUUAUUCCUUCUAAUGGUAAACUGAUAAAUUUACUGUUACUGAUCAUGACUAUGUCUUUUACUCUAUUGCUUAUCUGGUUUUUGUAACCAUUUGUAUUCUAAAAGUACUAGUUUUGCUUCCUAGGUUAAAUAUGGUGGGUGUGGAUGUCAAAUUUUUAAUUUUGAACACAAUUCUAUAUUGUUUAAAAUGUUUCAUACACUUUUAACCAAAAUCAAUCUUUAGAAGGUGCUAUUGCAUACUGGGGAAUAUCUGGCAACAGUGAAAGACUUUUUUUCUUUAAAACAAUUGUUGGCAUUCACUGGAAGAAGGUAUCGAAAAUGGCAGAAUUUAUUGCUACCUUUAUGUCCAAGGUUAGGACUGGUUGUCAAGAUUUUCUCUUAAGUUAAGGAAAAUUGCUUCUACUAAAUUUAUUGUUCUAAACUUCAGAUUCAUUCCUUAAUGCUUAGAUUUUUUGUUACCCCCAACUAGAUCGGUGGAAGUCUUGAAAUGCAAAAUAAAGCUGAGAAUACUUAAGUCUGCACUUUAAGGUUUUUUUACUCUGCCCAAAUUAGUGAUAAGCAGAGUAUCCCUGAACAAUAUUUUGUUUAUACAGUCCUGUUGAGUAUAAUUUAUGUUUUUUAAACUCUGCAUCUUUUAUCUCUGUUGAAGCUCUGUAAAUCUUUUUAAAAUGCAAUUUUUAAAAUUGUUUUCUAACGAAAUUCUACCCCAAAAGCAGCAUUUCCAGUGGUAAUAGAUAUUGUUACUAUGUUCUUAUGUAUUCCUUGUACCUGAACACUUGUUGCUGCCUCACAAGAAAAGAGAACUUUUAUGUUAAAAAUAAAGUCUGUUCUUGAGAGUU